UGCCCUGGAACGGUACUCGCCUUUAGCCGCUGGUCUAGCUUAGGCUCCCUCUAAAACCCACCAGCCCCAACCGCCGCCGGAUCUCGCUCCCUCCGCCGCCAUGAGCGGCCACAACCACCAGCACCACCCCCAUCGCCACCUCCGCCUCUCCAUCGCCCCUCCUCCUCCCAUCCCCAUCCCCCGCAUCUACCCUCCCUUCCCCGGCGCCCCCGCCACCCCCUCCUCCAUAUCCACCCCCUCCGCCUCCACCCCCUCCAAGCGCCGCCACUCCUCGUCAUCCACCACCUCCUCCUCCGCCACCUCCCUCCUCCUUGCCCUCUUUUCUCUCCGUUCCCUCUACUCUCUGCUCCCCUUCAUCCGCUCCACCCCCUUCUCCUUCUCCCUCUUCCCCUUCUCCUUCCUCGUCUCCCUCCUCUCCUUCGCCCUCUCCCUCCUUUCCCUCGCCCUCUUUCCUUCAUCGCCUUCCACCGACCCCAACAUCCCUCGUCUCCUCUCCUUUAAAGCCAUAACCCUGCCCCUCUCCUCCCCCUCCCUCCUCCGUCCCCUAGCCGCCAAGUCUGCCCUUCUCACCCUCGUCUUCCUCCUCCGUUUCCAUGCCCUCCGCUAUUGCGGCGCCGGCGCCUCCAUCCUUGCCGACAUCGCUGGUGCCCUCGCCGCCAAAUCCCUCUCCGACGGCCCCCGCGCCUUCGCCGGCCCCCGCUCUGCCCGCCGCGGCAACCGGAUCCGCGGCCUUGCGGCCCUACUCGUCGCCAUCUCCCUCCUCUCCUUCAGCUGGGAUCGCGCCGGCUGCUUUCCUCUGUCCUCCUUCCCUCCUCCCACUGAGGGAUGCGCCCGGCUCGCUCCCAUGCUGCUCCCUUUCGUUGCGGGCUUCCUUGCGUACCACGAGCGAUCCGCCGCCAACUGGAUUUCGCUGAGGCAAUUGGGCCGGAGACGGGUUCGGCUCUUCACUCUCGCCCUCACCACUGCCAUCCUAUUUCUUCCGGCAUUGGCUAGCUUUCUGCUGGCUGAGGGCGAGGAUGGUGCGGUAUCGGUGAUGAGUGUGGGAUGGCCGCUGAUAAAUACAGUGGUUUUUGGUGUGAUUCUGGCUGAGAACUAUGGCGAUGAGAAGGCAACGUUCGGUGCAAAUUUCCGCCGGGAUUUCGUGGUAACCUUCUUUUGUACUCUUGUCUUAGAGCUUUUCUACUUCCCCAAGCUCUCUCUGCCCGGUUUUCUUUUCUGUGGCUUAUUGUUGUGGAUUUCAGUAAAGGAAUUGGGUUCCUCUUCUUUGAAUUAUGUGGAGCUAGGGAGUGCUGAUUAUCCGGAGUCUUUAUAUUCCAUGAUCAUGAAACCGAUUCGGCACAUUCUGAGUGAAAGAAAGUCUCGCAAGAUUGCUCUUUUCCUCCUUAUUAACACGGCCUACAUGGUGGUGGAAUUUGUAGCUGGGUUUAUGAGUAAUAGCCUUGGUUUGAUAUCAGAUGCUUGUCAUAUGCUGUUUGAUUGUGCUGCCCUGGCAAUUGGGUUAUAUGCUUCGUAUAUUUCAAGGUUGCCUGCAAACAGUCAGUUUAAUUAUGGUAGAGGUAGGUUUGAGGUGCUUUCGGGAUAUGUUAAUGCUGUGUUCUUGGUUCUUGUUGGUGCGCUUAUCGUUCUGGAGUCGUUUGAGAGGAUUCUUGAUCCUCAGGAGAUUUCGACAAAUAGCUUGUUGGCUGUUUCAAUUGGGGGACUUGUGGUGAACAUGGUGGGUCUGGUUUUCUUCCAUGAGGAGCAUCAUCAUGCACAUGGUGGCGGCGGCACAUGUUCUCAUUCACACUCCCAUUCCCACUCCCAUCAUCACCACCACCACCACCAUCAACACGUACACGAAGGAGAUGUGAAGUCUGGGCAUCACCAGUAUGUUGGGGUUCCUUGUGAGUCAUUGGUCGGACAUUCUCAUGAUGGCCGUGAACAUCAUGGUUGCAAUCAUGAUGGUCUUCCUCAUAGUCACAGUGAUGACUGUGGGAAUGAUAGCGGUCCCUGUCACGGUCAUGAACAUGGCCAGAAUUCCCAUAGUCGUGAGCAUAAUCACGACAAUCAACUCCAUCAUGCUGAAGUUCAUUUUCAUCAAAGGCUUGAUGACUCUUCAAGAAGUUCUCAGAAUCCUUGUUCUGAAGGUCAUGCCCACAAUGACUUUCAUGUUGAGAAAGAAAGCAGCAGGAAGAAAGAGCCUCUGGACUUGUCUCAGAACUUGGACCACGCUCAUUGUGACUCUUAUACAGAGGAAUCAUCAGUAAAAGGAAAAUCAUCUAGUGAUAUGCAAAAGCAUCAUCAUCACAUUGAUCAUAACAUGGAAGGGAUCUUCUUGCAUGUUCUAGCUGACACGAUGGGAAGUGUCGGGGUGGUAAUUUCAACACUUCUUAUUAAAUACAAGGGAUGGCUUGUAGCAGAUCCAGCAUGCUCUAUAUUUAUUUCAGUACUGAUUGUAUCUUCUGUAAUUCCAUUACUGAGGAACUCUGCUGAAAUAUUGCUACAAAGAGUUCCUAGAGCUCAUGAACGGGAUCUGAAAGUAGCUGUAGAUGACAUUAUGAGGAUUCGGGGUGUCUGCGGCAUCCAAAACAUGCACGUCUGGAACUUCACAAAUACGGACAUUGUUGGCACUCUUCAUCUUCAUGUGUUGGCGGAAACUGACAAGGCUUCUGCUCUGAGAAGUGCAUCAAAACUAUUGCAUGAAGCUGGGAUUGAAGAUUUGACAAUCCAGGUGGAUUGCGUAAAAGGAUAGCAAAGAGUUUCACCAACAUCACUCAACCGCAAAAUUUGUAGCACAAAAGAAUUUGGUGCUUGUUGUGACCUCUAAUCAGGAAAAAAAGGGUUCAAUUCGUAUAUUUCAGUGGUAACACUUGAUCAGUAUGGUUCUAUCACCAUUUAUCAGGUGUCUUUGUUAUUUCUUUUAUCUAUGCAGAAAGAGUGCUGAGUAUGAAUUUGCUGAUUGUUCACUUUUGCUAUUCCUCAAGCACGUUGUGCAGCACUUAGAAGCUCUGUUUGCCCUCAAUUGCCUCUAAAUUUCAUUGGUAGGCUGACUUAAAAGCAAAACUUCCAAGUGCUGCACAGUGCAUGUUUGGAAUAGCAAGCCCAUGACAUGAUGUUACUAAAUGUAUGUUUUGUUUAAUCAUUUUAAGGUUGAAGAGCUAGCCUGCAAUGCUCUGUCUUGAAUUAUUGAACCAUAUGUAUUAUGUGCACAGAAUUGUUGGGCUGUCAGUUGCUUGAAAAGAUUAUGUUAUUGUCAAGACUCAAGAAGCAUGUAUGUGGGGAAGGUAUUUCAACUUUUAAUUUUAAGAUGUUUUGAUAACUUGUAAUUAGCCUCUUUCCAGAACUAGGUAAUAUCUGUUCGGAUCCAUUUCUUAUCUGAAUCUACCUGAAUAUGGACACAAUUUUGAGUACCCAACUAAUAUCCAUAUCUGUAUCCAUAUCCAUUAAAGAAAAAUAGAUUUGGAUAUGGAUAAACAACUAUCCGAUCUAUUAUCUAUAUAUGAAUAUCUCUCAUUCACUUUGCAAACAUCUGACUUCUUUCUUUUCUGAGUUUCAAUAACAACAUUUGAGAAACCGACCCAACAUUAUAAGAUCAAAAUUUUGACCUCAGUUUGUGAAGCAUCAGAAAGGCA